CCCCACACGCAGAAUUCUCAACCAACACGUCUCUUCUUUCCCUCAUUAUCACCAUUUGUACCGUACUCUUCCAUCAUCUCACUGUAAGUCAUCCUCAAUCCGACACACGCACACAUGUUCACACAAUGUCUGAAUUGAGUACUACUUCUCCUGCCUACGAGAUGAGUUUCCGGAAGAAAGAGUAUGAGUUCUUGAAGGAGAUCGGGCUCGGGCCGCGGAAUUUGGGUUGCUAUGUUAAUGGCGUCUGGCAAGGGAAUGGGCCCGUGGUUACUUCUGUCAAUCCUGCUGAUAAUCAGCCAAUUGCUGAAGUUGCUGAAGCCUCUAUCCAAGACUAUGAGGAAGGCAUGCAAGCAUGUGCUCAUGCCGCAAAGAUUUGGAUGCAGAUUCCAGCACCAAAGAGAGGUGAAAUUGUGAGGCAGAUUGGUGAUGCACUGAGAACCAAACUCCAUCACCUUGGUCGGCUUGUUUCUCUUGAAAUGGGGAAAAUACUGGCAGAAGGAAUAGGGGAAGUCCAGGAAAUAAUUGAUAUGUGUGACUUCGCUGUGGGAUUAAGUCGUCAGUUGAAUGGAUCUGUUAUACCUUCUGAACGACCAAAUCAUAUGAUGUUGGAGAUGUGGAAUCCUUUAGGGAUAGUUGGUGUGAUCACUGCUUUCAACUUCCCUUGCGCUGUUCUUGGAUGGAAUGCAUGCAUUGCUCUGGUUUGUGGAAAUUCUGUCGUCUGGAAGGGUGCUCCCACCACACCUCUGAUUACCAUAGCAAUGACAAAAAUAAUUGCUGGAGUAUUAGAGAAGAACAAUUUACCAGGUGCAAUUUUCACAGCAUUUUGUGGAGGUGCUGAAGUUGGUCAAGCUAUGGCAAGAGAUCCACGCAUUCCUCUAGUUUCUUUCACUGGGAGUUCAAAGGUGGGUCUAAUGGUUCAACAAACAGUAAAUCAACGAUAUGGCAAAUGCCUGCUUGAACUUAGUGGAAAUAAUGCUAUAAUUGUCAUGGAUGAUGCCGACAUUGAACUUGCUGUUCGCUCAGUUUUAUUUGCUGCUGUUGGUACUGCUGGUCAGAGAUGCACUACAUGCCGUAGACUGCUUCUUCAUGAUAGUAUAUAUCAGAAAGUACUUGAACGGUUACUUGAAGCAUACAAACAAAUCAAGAUAGGAAAUCCAUUGGAGAAGGGUACCUUACUUGGGCCGCUGCAUACUCGUGCUUCAAGGGAAAAUUUUGUAAAGGGAAUAGAGAUAAUCAAAUCUCAGGGAGGAAGGAUCAUCUCUGGAGGUGCUAUUAUAGAGUCUGAAGGAAAUUUCGUGCAGCCCACUAUAGUUGAAAUUUCUGCAAAUGCUGAGGUUGUCAAGGAAGAGUUGUUUGGUCCAGUUCUUUACGUCAUGAAGUUUCAGACACUGAAGGAAGCAAUUGAAAUAAACAAUUCCGUACCUCAAGGUCUAAGCAGCUCCAUCUUCACCCGCAGACCUGAAAUUAUAUUCAAAUGGAUCGGGCCCCAAGGAAGUGAUUGUGGUAUCGUAAAUGUCAAUAUUCCAACAAAUGGUGCCGAAAUAGGCGGCGCUUUUGGUGGUGAGAAAGCUACUGGAGGUGGCCGUGAAGCUGGAAGUGAUUCUUGGAAGCAAUAUAUGAGGCGCUCAACUUGCACUAUCAAUUAUGGAAGCGAGCUGCCUCUGGCGCAAGGCAUUAACUUUGGGUAAACAGACUUGAGGAGCAAUCAACUUUGGCAGAUGAAGUGAACUGGUAACUGUGUCCAGGGAUGUUUUCCUGUAACUGAUGGUGUUAAUUGGUUGUGGCUGGUUCCAUUUCUGAAUCAGCAGCUAUUGAAAGAUUUGUAUGUAUAAUUAGACAUGGCUUCUGGCCAAGACUUUCUACCAAUGAUCCAUGGCUGUCAGCAUGGAAUAAUGAAUGAAUUCGACUCUCAUUCCACUCCUGCA